UACAGAAUUUCACUGUAUGUUCCGAUGUUAAUCUGAAUCAGCACUGUGGCAGACGUGUGUGUGAUGAAUCUCUUGCGAUCUGCAUCGGGAGAAUUGUGAAUCGAUAGGAAGCGAAACGGAAUAGCCUGGUUUGCAGAGAAAAGCUGAGCACUCGGCCGGAGCCGGCAGCCGAUCGCUCACAGCACCGGCACUGGCGAGCUCGCACGGAGAGAGGGUCAGAACUUGUGGAAAUCUCCGCCCGGGACCCCGUGUAACUAACUGCGGGCGUGAGGUGAGAGGAGGGGGGAGUUUCUCGGCACAAGCCGUGAAGAGAGAGGGAGGUAACUGGGUCGACCGGAGGAGCUGUAAAGUUAAGACUCUGGCUGCAGUUGGAGAGGGUUAGAGGGUGGUAUUUCCGCUGUAUGUGUAAGGGGGCCUUGCUCUCAUCCACCCCCUCUGGAGGAUGUGUGACCCGCGGGGUGUUAAGCUCAGAUCCCGGAGGUUGUACCGCCUGCGUCUCCUCGCCCUCCUGGCCACAGCGGCGCCCUUCUUGUCCGGAGUCUCCCCGUGCCCCCUGGCGUGCCAGUGCCCAGACGAGUGGCAGGUGGAGUGCAGAGACGCCAACUUAACCUGCGUCCCACGGGAGAUCCCCCCACGCACCCGGAGACUGGCAGUGACCGGCAACAGCAUCCCGAUCCUGGGAGAGGCAGCGGUGGCGGGGAACGGCUCGGCCCUGGCUCUCCUCGACACCCUCGAUCUCCGGGGUAACCGGAUCCAGACUAUUGCACCCUCCGCCUUCCGGGGCUUGCCCAGCCUGAAGACACUGAACCUCAGCGAGAACGCGCUGGGCUCCAUCGCCCGCGACGCCUUCCUGGGACUCUUCCAGCUGGAGACUCUGGGCAUGAACCGAGCCCUCCAGGACCUGGCCGGCCGGCAACUCUGGCCGGCGUUGGACCCCGGAUACCUCCCCAACCUCACCCACCUCCAUCUGGCGAGGAACCACCUGAGCGACCUCCCAGACGACCUGUCCGCCAACAGCAAGUGGGAGACGCUAGAUCUGACGGGGAACCAGUUGCCUGGCGUCGGCGAAGCGACCAUUGCCCGGCUGGGAGAACAGGCCAUUGUGAAAGUUUAUCUGUCCUCCAACCCGUUGCGGUGUGACUGUGGGCUCCGGGCCAUGUACCAGUGGCUGAAGAACACAUCGCAAGUUGGGGACGUGCAGAAGCUGACCUGCGCCCACCCCGAGUCCCUGAACGGGACCCUCCUGGGGCGAUUGGCUCCCGAGGACCUCCGGUGCCCAGAAACCGACGCCGCUUCGUACGUCUUCCUGGGGAUUGUCCUGGCUCUCAUCGGCGCCACCUUCCUCAUGGUCCUCUACCUCAACAGGAAGGGCAUCAAGCGGUGGGCCAGCAACUUCCGGGAGGCGUGCCGCGACCAGAUGGAGGGGUACGAGUAUCGGUACGAGGGUGAACACGAACAUGGGGUGGCUAGUGUUUCAGCUGUGAUCUAGCCUCGCCUUCCCUUGUCCGAUCCAUAAAACCAUGCGACACAGGAGCAGAAAUGGGCCAUUCGGCCCGUCCAGUGUGCUCCGCUGUCGAUCGUGGUUGAUAUAUCUUCCCUCUCAACUCAAUUCUCCUGCCUUCUCCCUGUAAUCUUUGACGCCCUGAUUAAUCAAGAACCAAUCAACAUCCGCUUUAAAUACACUCAAUGACUUGGCCUCCACAGCCGUCCGUGGCAAUGAAUUCUACAGAUUUGCCAUCCCUCCGGGUAAAGAAAUCCCUCCUCAUCUCCGUUCUAAAUGGACGUCCCUCUAUUUUGAGGUUAUGCCCAAUGGACAUAGACACCUCACUAUAGGAAACACCCUCUCCACUUCCACUCCAUCUAAGCUUUUCAAAAUUUGGUCGCUCUUAAUGAGAUUCUCCCUCACUCUUAUAAACCCCAGCGAGUACCGCCCACACGCAGCACGGCUUCCGAGGAAAGUUGCUCCAGGAGGGCUCCAACAAACGUUAUGCUUGUGCUGAGUUAGAAUCUCAAGUUCAAGUUUAAUUGUCAUUCAGUCACACACAUGAACACAGUGAAAGGGAAUAACCUUCCUCUUGGGUCAAGGUGCAAAGCAGAGCACGGACAGCACACAGCAAAAUAGCACAAUGAUAGCAGACAAACAGAGUCACAAAAAUAUUAAGAACAAUAAUGUACUGUCACGCCAGUGAGCUAUUGCUUGCCUUGUAUUCGGAUCUGCCUUCCGCGGCCACUUUAUCAGGUAUACCCAUGCACCUGCUCAUUAAUGCAAAUAUCUAAUCAGCCAAUCAAAUGGCAGCAACUCCAUGCAUAAAAGCACGGUCAAGAGGUUCGGUUGUUGUUCAGACUAAAUGUCAGAGUGGGGAAGAAAUGUGAUCUAAAAGACUUUGACUGAGGAAUGAUUGCUGGUGCCAGAUGGGGUGGUUUGAGUAUCACAGGAACUGCUGAUCUCCUGGGAUUUUCACGCACAACAGUCUCUGGAGUUUACAGAGAAUGGCGUGAGAAACAAGAAAGAAAACCAUCCAGUGAGAGACAGUUCUGUGGGCAAAAGAUGCCUUGUUCAGAGGAGAUUGGCCAGACUGGUUCAAGCUGACGGGAAGGUGACAGUAACUCAAAUAAUCACGCGUUAACAACAGUGGUGUGUAGAAGAGCAUCUCUGAAUGCACAACACGUUGAACCUUGAAGUGGAUGGGCUGCAGCAGCAGAAGAUCACGAAUGUACACUCAGUGGCCACUUUAUUAGGUACAGGAGAUACCUACUAAUGUAGCCACUGAGUGUCUUGUCAUGUACCCCGUGACCGGGUUACGGAACGAGCAGAAAUGGAAUACACAUUGGAGCCUGGUAUUACCGUAACUAAUAGUGUUUAUUAGUAAACUAAGUAAUACAGUACUAUAAAAUACAAAUGCAUGAAACAGGUUAGCAAUGAUAUAUGCAGAAAUGUGGAAAUAGGAAUCAAAAGCAAGCUCUUUUGAAGUCUAGGGUAAAUGGAUAG